GUCAUAAAGUGUUAACAUAAAUACUAGUACAUUGUUAACCGUAAUGCUAAUAAAAAGAAAUUGAAGAGCUUGGGCUUCCUGUGGAUAAACCUAAAUUCGUCUGUUAUUCAGACUAGCUAAUGAGGGGAAUCCCCUACAAACGUUUCAGAUUUGCAUUUCAAAUUUCCUACAUUUAUUUGUUUGUUCGUAUUUUGUGCAAAGCAUCAUUUGAUCUUCAACUACAGCCCUGAUGUAGUGUCGAAUUGUGCUUAAAGGCAAGUUGAACAAGGUGAAAUCAAGUUAAAACUUUCGGGAAAGGAACCUCUAUGUAUUAUUUCACUCGAAAGCUUCAUACCAAGCAUUAUUGAACGAGGAACACUAACGGUUGGAUCAAUGGUCACACACGCUUGUCCGUGACGUCACGCCGAUUAUUCAACUUCUUUGCAUCUAUUCGUGCUAUAAAACACCAAUAAACACUCAAAAAGAUUUGGCAAAACACCACAAGAUGUGUGAGGGCAAGCCUUUUUCUGACUGGGGCGUGGCCGAGUGGGACGCCAUUGGCAGGGUGUGGUCCAACCUUCCCAACAUAUUCGGUUUCCUGAUUAUGUGGGGGAUGACCAUGAGCCCGCUGACACCAGACCAGCAGAUUCGUUUACUGAAAGUAUGUUACGAUAUUUCGUACUUGCUCGGGAGCAGCAAGAUGAUGAUGUGUGUGUAUUUGAAAGCGGGCGACACAUUUUCUAAAAUAGCGCAGUAUGAAAAUGCAAUGUCAUGUUAUACAGCUGCUAUGGAAAUAGCGAAAUCAAAUGAUGACAUUCAGACUCAAGCAGAUUGUUAUCAAUUGAUGGGUGAAAUUCAUUGCAGGCUGCACGAUUACGAUCAGUCAAUGGAGAAUUUCCAACACGCACUUAGUCUAUGUCAAAAGACAGGUGACGAGAGUGGUCAAGCUCGUGCAUACCUGGGUAUGGGUGAUGCGCACAGGUCUCAGGGCAAGUACGAGGACGCAAUGAAUAACUACCAACACGCACUUAGUGUAUUCCAAAAAACAGGUGACGAGAGUGGUCAAGCUAGUGCAUACCUGGGUAUGGGUUUUGUGCACAGGUCUCAGGGCAAGUACGAGGACGCAAUGAAUAGCUACCAACAAGCACUUAGUCUAUUUCAAAAGAUAGGUUACGAGAGUGGUCAAGCUCGUGCAUACCUGGGUAUGGGUGAUGCGCACAGGUCUCAGGGCAAGUACGAGGACGCAAUGAAUAACUACCAACACGCACUUAGUGUAUGUCAAAAAACAGGUGACGAGAGUUGUCAAGCUAGUGCAUACCUGGGUAUGGGUUUUGUGCACAGGUCUCAGGGCAAGUACGAGGACGCAAUGAAUAACUACCAACACGCACUUAGUCUAUUUCAAAAGACAGGUGACGAGAGUGGUCAAGCUAGUGCAUACCUGGGUAUGGGUGAUGCGCACAGGUCUCAGGGCAAGUACGAGGACGCAAUGAAUAACUACCAACACGCACUUAGUCUAUUUCAAAAGACAGGUGACGAGAGUGGUCAAGCUCGUGCAUACCUGGGUAUGGGUGAUGUGCACAGGUCUCAGGGCAAGUACGAGGACGCAAUGAAUAACUACCAACAAGCACUUAGUGUAUUCAAAAAAACAGGUGACGAGAGAGGUCAACCUAAUGCAUACCUGGGUAUGGGUGAUGUGCACUGGUCUCAGGGCAAGUACGAGGACGCAAUGAAUAGCUACCAACGCGCACUUAGUCUAUUUAAAAAGACAGGUUACGAGAGUAGUCAAGCUAAGGCAUACCAUGGUAUGGGUAAAGUGCAAAGCUUUCAGGGCAAGUAUGAGGACGCAAUGAAUAACUACCAACACGCACUUAGUCUAUGUCAAAAGACAGGUGACGAGAGUGGUCAAGCUGAAGCAUACCUCGGUAUGGGUGAUGUUCACUUGUCUCAGGGCAAGUACGAGAACUCAAUGAAUAACUACCAACACGCACAUAGUCUAUUUCAAAAGACAGGUGACGAGAGUGGUCAAGCUAGUGCAUACCUGGGUAUGGGUGAUGCGCACAGGUCUCAGGGCAAGUACGAGGACGCAAUGAAUAGCUACCAACGCGCACUUAGUCUAUUUAAAAAGACAGGUGACGAGAGUAGUCAAGCUAAGGCAUACCAUGGUAUGGGUAAAGUGCAAAGCUUUCAGGGCAAGUACGAGGACGCAAUGAAUAACUACCAACGCGCACUUAGUCUAUGUCAUAAAACAGGUGACGAGAGUAGUCAAGCUAAGGCAUACAAUGGUAUGGGUAAUAUGCACAAGUCUCAGGGCAAGUACGAGGACGCAUUGAAUAACUACCAACACGCACUCAGUCUAUUUCAAAAGGCAGGUGACCAGGAGGGUCAAGUUAACACAUACCGCGCUAUGGCGAGUAUUCACGAAGAUAUUUGUAAAUACGAGGAGGAGAAGAAAUGCAUUCGUCAAGCAAUCAGUCUUGCUGCAACGUUAGAGAACGUGCAGCCCAACCUAGGGGAGCUUGGAGUACUAUACACGAAAAGUGGAGACUUCAACGAGGCGAACAAGUGUUACGAAAAGCAGCUUGAUUUAUGUUUAAAGAAUGGCGACGUAGUUGGGCAAGAACAGACACAUGUUAUGAUGGGUAUGCUGCACCUGUCUCAAGGUAACCUCGAUAAGGCUAUGGAGUGCUGCCAACAAGCGAUAGAUAAGUGCGAGAAGAGUAGUAGCACGUAUAGCCAAGAAAUAGUGUAUUGGAUGAUGGCUGAAGUGCAUUUUAUUCGUCUUAACUACAAGGAGGCACUUAAGAACUUCCUGCUUGCAGAAUAUAAUUUUCCGAAAACUAGCACUCGCUUACUUUCUAAUAUAUACCAGCGUAUCGGCAAGUUGUAUGUCUGUAUGGGCCAGUUUGAAGAUGCGGAAUCGAAUCUUUUAAAAAGCUUCAUGUGCUACGAGCAAAUCUUCACUAAUCUUGGAAAGCUAGAAGACGCAAAAACUAAUAUCGUAGAUACCUAUAUUGAGGCAUAUCACUCGCUAGUCUUUGUGUCAGUGGUACUCGGGAAAAAGAGCCAAGCCUUGUUGGUGUCAGAGCAAGGAAGAUCGCGCGCCCUUAGUGAAAACCUUCAAACCAAAUAUGGACUUCAAGGAGAUGCAACAAAGAACUCAUUAGACCAAGAAGUACGUUUGUUAGUCAGUGGUACCUCGCCCUCGUUUGUUGUUGUAUCAUUGAGUGAUAUAUACCUUCACUUAUUCACUCUCUCAUCUUUUACUUCGUUAGUUGUACAUCCCGCAGCAAUGCAAAUGACAGAUGAAGCGGAACAAUGGCAAACUCAUGUCAAAUACCUGAUCAACAGAGUUAUAUGUGAUGCAAAUCUGCACGUCCUUCAAAAUCGCGAUGAUACCUUUGAAGACAGAUCGCUGGACCUGGACAAUGAUGACGAGUCUGAACAACAACACGUGCUGACAGAACUCGCAAGGGUAACACUAGGGUCCAAGGGCCCAGAGAAGACGAAUAUAAUCGGAGGCGAAACAAGCGGAAACAGAAAAGACAAGAGUGUCGCCAAGAUGUGGGGCGGAGAUAGUGAGUGUCACCUUGCUACCAGGUCUCCUUUACCACAUACCACAGGAAAACCGAAGGCGAGUGACGAGGGUACUAGCGGUAAGGUACCACAGGAGCACGACGAAGACGUCUGUACGCCACCCCCAAUAAGCAGUGCCGAGACACAGAGAGGGUUCGAUCUACUAAAAGAGCUGUACCGGAUACUUAUUGAACCAAUUGAGAAGGAACUCACCCAAGAUGAGGUCGUGUUUGUUCCUGAAGGUGUUACGUUCAAGGUCCCCUUCGGCGCUCUGCAAUCACCGGACGGGAGAUUCCUCGCUGAGAAAAAGGCAAUUCGUACUGGCCCAUCACUCACUACUCUUAAGUUACUGAGAGAAUGUCCUGAAGACAAGCACUGCAAACGUGGUGUACUUGUCGUUGCGAAUCCAAGAUCGAACGCAAACAUAUUUACACGCAACAAGAGUGGAGCCGACGUGGAGAUGUCUUUUCACGAGAGGUUUGCAAAUCUCCCUGCAGCAAGUAAGGAAGCUAUCAAGAUCAGAGAAAUACUUCCAGACGUGACAUGUUUGAUCGAGGACCAAGCGACCAAGAAUGCGGUGAUGCAGAGUCUCCAGAAAGGCGUCGGUGUUAUCCACAUCGCUUCGCACGGUGACUCAAAGACGGGGGAAAUAUUAGUCGCACCAGAACCACGCAUGGAUAAGCAUGAUAUCGCCGAAAAAGAGGAAUACCUCCUGACGAUGAAGGAAAUCAGCUCGUGUCAGAUCAACGCAAGUCUGGUCGUACUCAGCUGCUGUCAUAGCGGCAGAGGCCAGAUCAGAGCCGAGGGCGUGAUGGGUCUGGCGCGAGCGUUCCUCGCUGCAGGAGCUCGCUCCGUGCUCGCAACGCUGUGGGCGAUUGGCGACAAUGCCGCACUGGAGUUCAUGGAGCGCUUUUAUCGUCACCUGGCCAGCGGAUUGUCAACUAGUGCCAGUCUCAAGCGGACAAUCCGGGACACCAUCUCAAUGAAUGAUAAAUACAGCCACCCCUAUUACUGGGGCGCGUUUGUUCUCGUCGGUGAUGACGUCACUAUACUGUAGAAACGUAGAAGGGAAGUUUCAAAAAAACUCUGGAACCCUGCAACACAGGGAACUCGGAGGAGUAAGCUCAGCUUGACUUGUUUUCAUAUUUGUAUGACAGUUAUAUCUCAUGUGUAUUCUUUUUGGUACUAUUCAUCUCUAGGGUCUUUUUUGAAAAGGUGCCCUUCAGAGUAAGGCGCUAAUUCGUCAUUUGCUUAUUUGAAGCAGAGCAAUCAAGUCAAUAACUUUUGAUUGAUUUUGAUUUGCAAGUCGUAGCUUAUUCAUAAAACAGUGUAGUUGAGUGUAACCAAGUUAACAAAGUAAAACAAAAAGGUUGUGAA